UAGGCUAAACUUUCUAUUAUUUUGGUUCACAUAAGAAUCGUCUGUUUGUGAUUUUUUAUUGCUCUCCAUACGACAGAAAAUCAAUCUUUUGAAAGAAAAAAUAAACAGUAAAGAGUGCAUUAAAGGUAGAAUUUGUUAGAAACAAAUAUAUAUAGAAAAAUGAAGAAGGAACAGGAAGAGGGAAAACCUGAGUUUGAAAACAUUCUCGCAGAAGUUGGAGACUAUGGAGCUUUCCAGAAAAGUCUUGUUCGUUGGUUUCUAUUCCCUGGUGUUGUUCCUCUGGCCUGGUUUUCUCUCAACAUAGUGUUCUUUAUGUCCGUUCCAGACCACUGGUGUCACGUUUCUGAACUACUCAAAUCCAAUCUUAGUGUGAAAGAACAACAGAUUCUGAUUAGGCCUGUGGAGAAACAACAUGGAGUAGAAGAACUGAGUAACUGUGAAAUGCGUGAUUUUAAUUACAGUCAGAUACUCGUGGAUUUACUAGAAGGAUCACAAGUGAAAUCCAUUUUAUCAAGGUAUAACUCUACUUCGAAUAUUCCUUGUCCGAGCGGCUGGAUGUAUGAUCAGACCCUUUACGACAACACAGCAUCUAAACAAUGGGACCUGGUGUGUGACAAGGAUCCCAUGCCUAGCCUCGUCUUCACCCUUACUGGGGUUGGAAGUGUACUUGCUACGCCAGUCUAUGGAGGUCUGUCAGAUAGGAUUGGAAGGAAGCUGACCUUCUUCCUGUGCGUUUUUGUCACCCUGGUGAGCGGAAUUGCUUCACUCUUCGUACCGAAUUUCAUAGCAUUUCUUGUGCUCCGAAUGGUCAAUGGAGGGCUCUCACCAACGCUUUUCCAGUUACCAUACAUCUUGCUGUUUGAAAUAGUGGGAACAGACAAGCGUACAGAGAUGAUGACUAUUGGUUCUAUUGCUUGGACAGUAGGCCUGUGUACGCUUCCCCUCUUCGCCUACUUACUACGGAACUGGGUGUUGCUUGGAUUGGUCACCACGUGUUUCUGUAUUCCCUAUUUCUUGUACUGGAGGUUUCUACCAGAGUCUCCUCGUUGGCUUGUGUCCAUGAAACGAUAUGACGAAGCAGUAGUUAUUCUGACACGAAUAGCCGAGAGAAAUGGAAGUCCUGUACCUGAUAAUCUUGUAGAGAGGUUAAAGAACGUGGAAAAAGAGGCUGCGAGAGAGAAACAGAUUGACACAGCACACAAUGUGACAGUGUUAUUUCGGUAUCGAAAUUUAAGAAAACAUUUUAUUUUUCUAACCCUAAUCUG